UCGCGCAGUCUCUCAUAGAUCCUCUGCAAUGAAGAAACAAUGCUAUGGCGUCUUGGAACAGUAGUCUGCGUUAAUAGAAACAGUUUGUGAUAUAAAUCGUAUUUUUAAUUCAGAAGUUCAAAGCAGGUCAGUAUGAGUGCUGAGGUGGCAGACCGCGAGGCGCUGAGCUGCAGUCGGCCCUGCACCCCGCCGCAGGCCUCCUGGUUUGAGUUUCUGCUGGAUCCAUCGCUACUGGAGCAGCACCUGCAGGGCCCUCAUCCAGACCCGUCUCCUGUUCAGCUCAUCGUUCAGUUGCUGGAGCAAGCCUCCAAACCGUCUGUGAAUGAGCAGAACCAGGUUCAGCCGCCAGCGGACAACCGGAGGAACCGCACACUGAAGUUGAUGGCUCUCAAAGCUGCUGCACACCUGACAUGGGAUUUGAAAGUACUAGAGAAGGGUUUGACCAUCCCUGUGCUUAAUAUGUUAUUGAAUGAGCUUCUGUGCGUCAGUCGUGUUCCUCCUGGAGUUAAGCAUGUAGAUCUGGAUUUGUCCACCCUGCCGCCCACCACAGCCAUGGCCGUGCUCGUCUACAAUAGAUGGGCCAUUCGUACGAUUGUGUUGAGCAGCUUUCCAGAGAAGCAGACCAAACCUGGACCACAUCAGCUGAAUAUGAUGAGUUUGGUGCAGCAGGAAAAGGAACUCACAGAGAACAUACUGAGUGUGCUCAAAGAACAGGCCACAGACUCUAUCACGGUGUUAGAAGGAGCCCUGAACAUUAAAAAAGACUUCUACAUCCACACGCUUCGAACCCUAGACCUGCUGGCUGCUGAUCCCAGUACAGCCAAUGGAGAGACUGAGUCGUCCACCGCAGGACUGCGCAUCAGCGCUGAUCACCUGCACUGUCAGGUGCAUUACGAUUUAGGAGGCAUUUACUUUCAGCAAGGCUGUUCUGACCCUUCAGUGUAUGAGAAAGCCAGAGAACACUUCAGAAUGGCACGAGAACUGCUCACAAAGCUGGAUUCCUCUGCAUCUUUCUGUUGUGUGGAUGAGCAGCGGUUGGCUGGAUACUGGAGCGCCUGUAAAACUCUGACCGGAGCCUCAGACCCCAGCGAUAGCCAGCACACCCCAUACGGCCAGAUCAGCUGCUUCAUGAGGAACCACGAUUAUGGGGCAUUGAUCGAGGCCUUCAUCAGAGACAACAUUACAUUCAUUCUACCCAACAGCUUCAGACAUUCAAUUCAGCUAGAGCUGUUGCACAAGCUUCAACAAGGGGACGGGGCUCUGGAGGAAGUGUGUCAUAAACUGUGUGUGUGUAACGCAGUGAGAGAUGCACUGGAGGGUGGCGUCCUCGGUGUGUCCUUCCAUCAGCUGCUCCUCAAACCCAGCAAAAACACCAUCAGUUUUCUGCUGGAGGUGUGCGCAAGGUCAAUGGAUAAGGAGCACAGGUCGGAAACAUGCAAGAGGAAAAUGGCUCUUUUUAUCAAUAGGUCAGUUUGUAACAGGCUGGAAGAUGUUUCUCUGGCCUUCAUGGUGUCUUCUCACAAACUCUUCAUGGAACUCCUUCAAGAUGAGGAGAAGAAGAUCCUGAUGGAGCAGAUGAGGAAGAGCUCAGCCACAGUCAACCUCAGUGCCAAACCACUGCCUUCAUUCUACGAUAUACCUGCGUCUGCCAGUGUGAAUAUCAGUCAGCUUGAACAGCAGCUCAUUCUGUCACUGGAUCCUCUACACAUCCGACAAAUCCUCAUUGAGCUGCAGGGGAUGGCCGAGCGACCCUUCUGGAGGGUUAACAGUAAGUGGGAGGUUCCUGUUGACUAUGUGAACGUCAUACUAGCAAUAAAAGACAACUUGACACGAGACCUGGUGUACAUCCUUAUGGCCAAGGGUCUGCACUGUAUCAGUAUAAAGGAUUUUGCACACGCUCGUCAGCUGUUCACGGCGUGCCUCGAGCUGGUGACAGAGUUUUCUCCUAAGCUGCGUCAAGUCAUGCUCAACGAGCUGCUGUUGAUGGAGGUCAGAGGUCACGAGGCAGGCGCUGCCGAAGGCAACAUGGAGAGACCUCCACCCGACCUGGUCAGCAGGGUCCGCGGAUAUCUGGAGAUGAGGAUACAUGAUCUCCCGCUGCGUCAGAUCGUCGGGGAGGAGUGUGUCGUGUUCAUGCUCAACUGGAGGGAGAACGAGUAUCUGACGCUGCAGGUGCCACAGUCACUGGUCAACAGCAACCCGUAUAUAAAGCUAGGGCAGCUGAUAGCGUCCACCUGUAAGGAGCUGCCAGGACCCAAAGAGAGCAGACGCACGGCGAAGGAGCUCUGGGAGGUGGUGGUGCAGAUCUGCAGUGUUUCCAGCCAGCACAAGCGUAGCAGUGACGGUCGAGUGAGCCUUCUCAAACAGAGAGCGUCCUCGCUGGGCAUCCUGCCCCGGAGCAAAUUCAUGACUUUUAUGAAAAAACUACGGGAGCCACUGGUUUUGACAACGCUCAUCUCUUUGUUUGUGCGGCUGCACAAUAUUGUACGGGAUGAUAUAGUGAAUGAAGUGACAGCUGAGCAUAUCUCCAUAUGGCCUUCAUCUCUGGCCAAUUUACAGUCGGUGGAUGUUGAAGCCGUGGUCGUCACGUUGAAGGAAUUGGUGAACUAUGCUCUCAGCCUCAACCCCAACAAUCAGUCAUGGCUCUGCACGCAGGCCGACAUUUACUUUGUGAGCAGCCAGUAUUCUGCAGCGAUGCAUUAUUACCUGCAGGCAGGGACCGUGUGCUCCGAUUACUUCACUAAAUCCGUUCCUCCUGACGUUUACACCGACCAGGUUCUGAAGAGAAUGAUCAAGUGUUGCUCGCUGUUGAACUGUCACACUCAGGUGGCUGUUCUCUGCCAGUUUCUGAGGGAAGUUGACUACAUGACUGCAUUCAAAGCUCUACAAGAGCAAAACAGUCAUGACUCUAUGGAUUCGUUCUAUGGCUACAUCUGGGACGUGACGAUUCUGGAAUAUCUGACAUACAUUCAUCAUAAACGAGGAGAGGGUGACAAAAGACAAGUUGCGAUCAAGGCCAUCGGACAGACAGAGUUAAACUCCAGUAACCCAGAGGAAGUCCUGCAGCUUGCAGCGCAAAAAAGGAAGAAGAAAUUCCUACAGGCCUUGGCUAAACUCUACUUUUAAAUUAAUUACAAAAGACUGUUUGUUUGUUUUUUUAAAUGGG